UUCACCCCGAAGCGGGCCCGUCCGCGCUGGCUCGAGAGCAGUUUCCCGAGCAGCUUCAAAACAAAAACCGUGUCUGGGGAAUUGGGCGAAUCCCAAGACCCACCGUGAUCCACUUUAAUGCAGUGGAAGGCUAAUGGCCACUUUAGGGGGUGGGGGAGUUAACUUUGGGUUUUCCUGGCGGCUGUGCUUCGAAAACCUUCACUCGAGGCCAUUUUAUGUUUAAGAAAAAAAACGGACGAAGGUUGAAAAGCACUUAUCUCGGUUCCUUCGGAAUCGGUAAAAUGGCGAAGGGGAAGCAAAACCCCCAUCGUAUCUUCGACUAGCAAAAGCACCAAGACAAACAAAAAAAGCCUACAGUGGUCAAAGUGCCCCUGCUUUCGCCUUAAAAUUUGCCUACUACUACCCGUUUGUCCCUUUUUGGUUACCUGCGAUCACGUAGGUUUGCAAAAAGCAGUCACAUAAAUAACCUUUUCAGUCACCAACGCAAUGUGAUCACUAAUCCAUCCGACUCGCUUAUUUUUAUUUUGAGAAUAAAACACGUUUUUGCCCGGUCCCAAAUGUCGCAGACAAGCCCGCGGCCGCCCGACACAGUACCGUUGGCGACUCGGGUCGAUCCAUCAUGGCUGCGGCCGCGUACCCUGCUUUUCAGUCCCUGCGCCUUGUGGUCCUCCUCCCUUUGGCUGCCCUGUUUAUAUAGAGCCAUUGCCGCUCUCUAAUAUAGACUCUGCCAGGAUGGGAAGGUGCUUUUCAGGCCUACGUCACCGCCUCUCCAUUUAAACACCAGAUCCGGCUUUAAAUAGUGAGAGCUGCUGCGAGCGGGGCUGGGAGGUGCGUGCUCCCGAGGCGAGAGGCAGGCGCGUGCGGAGUCGGAGCUCCUUUUAUUCCUGAGUCCCUUUUCUUUCUUACGCAGCAGUUUCGCACCUGAAGGGGGCUGCUCUGAGAGCCCCAAGUAUUUGUUUCAGUACAGCAGCUAAGAUUUGCCUUCUUUGUUUUGUUAAGAGAAAAUACUCCCGAAUUGCUGUCCAAUUAAUAGUUUUAUUAAUUUUUUAAAAGAAUUAUAGAGCAGAUGGUUUAAUCGUUUUUCCUGUAUUAGAAAGUGUCUGCAUAAUUGUUGGGACUUUAAAAAUGCUUUCUACAAUAAGUGUUAGUUGCAGAGGAUUUGUUAUUGGUAGGAAUAUCUUGUUCAUCAAGUAAGUAUCAGGAAAUAUGUUAGAAAUACAGAUGCUCAUAUUGCAUUGUGUUUUCUGCUAAUGAAUAUCUGAAGACAGCAAGCGUUUCAAAGAAAUAGUUUAGGACCUUAUGCCCACAGUAUGUUUAUGCUAGCAACCUAAAUUAUAUAGAUCUGUGAUUGAAGAUGUUAUUAAUGAUGUGAGAGAUAUCUUUUUGGAUGAUGGAGUGGAUGAACAAGUCCUGAUGGAACUAAAAACUUUAUGGGAGAAUAAGCUAAUGCAGUCUAGGGCAGUAGAUGGACUUCAUUCAGAAGAGCAGCAGCUUUUAUUGCAAGUUCAGCAGCAGCAUCAACCCCAGCAGCAGCAGCAUCACCAUCACCACCACCAUCAGCAAGCUCAACCACAACAGACUGUACCACAGCAAGCUCAGACCCAGCAGGUCCUUAUUCCUGCAUCCCAGCAAGCUACAGCACCACAAGUUAUUGUUCCUGAUUCUAAGUUGAUACAACAUAUGAAUGCAUCAAACAUGAGUGCUGCUGCCACAGCUGCUACCUUGGCACUCCCUGCAGGUGUGACUCCUGUUCAACAGAUAUUAACAAAUUCAGGCCAGCUUCUUCAGGUGGUCAGAGCAGCCAAUGGUGCCCAGUAUAUCUUUCAACCUCAGCAGUCAGUGGUUCUACAACAACAGGUUAUACCACAAAUGCAGCCUGGUGGAGUUCAAGCUCCUGUUAUACAACAGGUACUGGCCCCUCUUCCUGGAGGGAUUUCACCACAAGCAGGUGUCAUCAUCCAGCCUCAGCAAAUCUUAUUUACAGGAAAUAAGACUCAAGUUAUACCUACAACUGUGGCAGCACCUACAGCAGCACAAGCGCAGAUAACUGCAACUGGUCAACAGCAGUCACAGGCCCAGCCUGCUCAAUCACAAGCUCCAUUAGUGUUACAAGUUGAUGGAACUGGGGAUACGUCAUCUGAAGAAGAUGAAGACGAAGAAGAAGAUUAUGAUGAUGAUGAAGAGGAAGACAAAGAGAAAGAUGGAGCUGAAGAUGGGCAGGUGGAAGAAGAGCCCCUCAAUAGUGAAGAUGAUGUGAGUGAUGAGGAAGGGCAGGAACUCUUUGACACAGAAAAUGUUGUUGUAUGCCAGUAUGAUAAGAUACACAGAAGUAAAAACAAAUGGAAAUUUCAUCUUAAGGAUGGCAUUAUGAAUCUUAAUGGAAGAGAUUAUAUAUUUUCCAAAGCCAUUGGAGAUGCAGAAUGGUGAAGAGUUGCUUCUUUUCUUUUAUAAAUAAAACAAAACAAACUUAAAAAAAUUUUUUUAAGUGGACAGUUUGAAACUUGGGACAUACACCAACCAAAACUUAAUUUCUGCAUGUCAAAAAAGUGCAGUAGAAGCAAAGCUACUGGAACAAAGAUAGACCUUGACAACAUAGACACUACUUCUAACUGGCAAGCCAUGGAACUGUAGCACCUGGGGUUGUUGAGGGGGGAGGGCUGGGUUUUUGUGUAGGAAAACCAUAAUUGUCAAUUUUAAAUACAGGUACCUGCCACCAAUACUUAGCAUGUAAAGCUUUGUCUAUAUUCCUUCCUCCAACUUGGGUUAAAUCAGAAGAUACUUGUUGGAAUGAACUGAAGAAACUUCCCUUUUGAUAGAUUGAAAUUGCUUAUUGCGUGUGGUUAUAAUUGGUAAAAGUUGUGUGAGCUUUUUACAAAAGGGUAAGAAUUAUGGUGUUGAAUUUUAAUUCACUUGUGUAAGGAAACAAUUUAAAACUCUCAUAGUAUGUCUUAAAUAUUUUUACUUGCUGUUCUUCCUCAGUAACAUUUACCUCUUCCUUCCCUGCUCUGUGAAACAUCUAUUUAAGAGUUAAAGGUGAUCAAACUUAGUUUGGAGGCAAAACUUGACCCAGGAAUGAAUAUUUCUUUUAAUUAGGUUUUCAUACUUAGUAAAUGUAAUUCAAAGACUUGGGUCUUGCCUGAGUUAAGUGGAAUGAAAAUGACAACUUAAAUUUUCUUACUGUAUUGUUUCUUUUAGUCUCAUACCUUAUAAGAAACCCCAGUUGGCUCCUCAGGAAUACGGUUUUAUUUCACAAAGGUAGCAUCUAGCUGAAAUUGUAUACAAAUAAGUAGAUGUAGAGUUUUCUUGUUAGGGCUGAAGCUAAACAUUCAGAUAACAUUUUGAAGCAUUGAUGGAAAGAAACAUAGGGCAGGCAGUGAGGACCUGGAUUUUUAUGAAACAAUUUAGUAAUUAUAAAAGUUUCUUGUGUUUGUUAGUAAAGAAUUGAAAAAGCCUAUUAUUCUAAUUGAACAAAUUUUUUAAAAAGCAACUUUGUAAUUUGAGGGGAAAAUUUUGAGGGUGGAGGGAGGUGUAGGUCACUAAGUACAAAUUUACCUCUAUUUCAUUUGGUGGCCCUUUUAGGUCAUUGAUAAUAUAAACAUGGGCUCUGGUUUGCACAUCUGGAAGAAAGGAUAGAAACUUGACUUGUAUAUUAAAAAUAACAUUUAAUAUGUACAUUAAGAAUUACAUAAUAUUAUGUAAGGGGCUCCAAAGAACAAUGUGGCAAUGCUGUGUUCGUUGUGUGAACUAGCUGCCUGGAAGAAUUGCAGGAACACUUGUCUUCACCUUUGUGUUCUUAGAACUAAUUCAACUUUUCGUGGUUUAUCUUGAAAAAAUUCACUUGUUUUAAGUUACUUGUCUAUGGAUUUUUUUUAGUCUUCCAUUUUUGUCUUCAGAUUAUUUGCCUUUGUGUGUUUCUAGAAGUAACACACAAACACUUUAAAGUACAUUGCAAAGGAGAAAACUGUGAGCUACUACAUAGUGUUUUUUCUUCAUUUUUUUUAACACAAAUCUUUAAACUUCUCAAAAAGCCUAAUGAAUUUUUUCCCUACUUCUUUCCCACUUACCAACUUGGCUCCUUUAACUUAUCUUCUCUACUUUGGUGUAAAUGGUGGUUUCUAGCAUGCUAGUAGUUAAGUUUUCUUUAGAUGCCAUGAUUGGGAGUAUGGUUUUUAUUCUGACUAUAUUAAUUUAGUUUUUUUGGGGGGAGGGGGGAGAUUUAUUUGUUGACCCCACUACUCUCAAAAGCACAUCUUUUUUAAAUUAAUGAAACAGGGAGGAGAAGGAGAAGAAGGAAAAGGGUGAAAUAACAGAAGUCCUGUUGUUCAGUUGUCUUUAGUAAAAUUGCUAGUAGGUUUAUAUUUACCCAAUAAAGAAGUCAACAACCUGAACUACCUAUAAAAGUUUCGCGGUGCUGUAGUAUUGAUUAAGUGAAAACUUUUGGCUAUCUAGUAGUUCUUACGCUACUGAAAAUUGAAUUGCUGUAUGAUAUUCAGAUCCUGUCAUGGGCCUUCUAUCUAGACAAACAUUUGUAUUCAUAGUAACAUUGUAUACUGGCCAGUUUUUAUAACUUGUUUUCAAACAUGAACAACCACAGCUUUCAGAAUGAUUCACUAGGGUUAUUUUAAAGCAGGAAGUAACCAUUUGUAUUUGCACCUGUGUAUUGCAUAUUAAUUUGGCAUGCUUGGCAAAUGCUUUUCUUUUACCUGUGAAAAUUCUGAAAGCUGGUCCAAACAAUACUGCAUACCAAAAUGUGCUCUUAUAUACUACCGCAUCGUGUUCCUUUUUAAUCAAAUAGCAUGUUUUAGUUUUAUUAUAGUGGCUUGAUGUAAGAAUGUCACUUGCUUAUCUUUUAUUGUACUUGAAUUUUUAAUCAUGCUUUUAACAUUGUAUUUAGCAAAUCAUUUCAUUAGGUUCCGUAAAUAUGUCAUUCCUUUGAAAAAGCAAAGGAUUCCCACUUUCUACAAUUUUAAAAUGAAAGUAACAUGUUUAUCCAAAGGAGGAAAACAGUUCAGACUUGUAUUAUGGAAAUGACUAAAGGUUGCAGAAAAGGAUAAGUUUAGAUUUGCACAGAUGGUGAUGGCACCUUUUACAUUAAAAAAGAAAAAAAGAUUAACAUUAAUCAGCAGUGCUAAGGAAAAUUUACCCAAAAUUGCUAGAUAAAAUGUGGAAAUGUGUGCCUUUCAGUAUAUAUACUCUUGCUUGUUCAUUGGGAUAUCCAGAUCACUUGAAUGCCUGAGAGCACAUUUAAUUUCUAUGGAGUACCACAUACGGCUCAAAACAACUCUUUAAUGUGCAAUUAGUUUCUAGAAUAAAAUGUCUGUUAUAUGAGGGGGAUCUUUAUAUUGGGCUUUUAUUUUUUUUUUAAUGUUCACAUUUCUUUUUGUUGAUUAAAUGCCACCAUAAUAUCAUAUUUACAUUGUUGCCGCUUUUAAAAUCAAAGCCACCUUGAUGUUAUUCUAGGAAUACAUCAUGAUUUGAGUAGUAUGUGUAGUGAUUAAAAUGUGUUCUUGAAGAGCAUAUUUCUAAUAGAUUCUGGUUUUAGAAAACAAGAACAAUAAAAUAUAAUAGCUUUUAUAUGAAUUUCUUUUGCUAUAGUGAAAAUCAAGAAUUUUGUUUUUUUUUUUUUUACUGGCUUUUAUGGGGGAAUGAAAAGGGUUGUCUCCCUCUAAGAGUAACUUCUUCUUAUCUCAUAGCAAUAAUGUCACCAUUCUUUUCAUAAGGAAAUACACCUUAUAUAGGAAAGCAGACAAAAAUUUCCUCUUGGGAAUUCCCUUUAUAAUUUAGCAGUUUCUUCCACUUAAGAAAAUUCCUAUAUUUUCAGAUUAUUUCAUCUUGAAAUUUUUGAGCUUUUGUGCAAUGUAAUAUUUUAUUGAUCUGUCUUUGUAUAUUUUCAUUUUAUUUCAUGUGUGUCUCCCACCUACCUAUCUGAAUCAGCCAUUUCAGAUUUUAAAUUCAGUAGUGAAAACUAAUUGUUCCAUGUAGUUUCUCAUGGGUUUAUGUUGAAUAACUUUGCAUUGUAAUCCACUAUUAAUGCUAUGGAAAUUACUCUAUAUUCUUCCCUUUGUAAGCCUGCCUUAGUCUGUCUUUUGUCAUUUUCUGUGGUUUAAGGAAGAACACACCAAACUUAUAUUUUCAUUUCAAAUAAAUUAUUUCUUCUCUUGUAAGGGAAGAAAUAGAUUGAAUUCGUAACUACUCUUGCAGUCAAUGUUCCUUAAAUUAGUCCAGUAUGCAUCAGGGCUACAAUUAUGGGAGAGGGGCUAAUCCUUUUGCUGUUCGGAGCUACUAUUGUCAACUGCUGUUGUACAUACUGUUAUGUGUAAGGGCGUAAAUAUAUUUAUUAUGUUUGUAAAAUUCAUUCUGUACAAUUGCAGAUCAAGUUUGCUCUUCUGUGAUAUACAGGAUAUUAUGUUUUAAAGACCAUCCUUGGGAUACAAUUAGAGAACUUAGUAUUUUGAUGUACUAAGACCUAUUUUAAGUUUAAUAUUUUACCUUUGCAAAAACUUUAAUUAAAGAUGUUAUUUAAAAAAAGUAAUGUUGCUUGCUUGGCUUACUAGAGUGUAUGACGUUGUUAAAUAAAUGAGUGAAAUUAUAUGGUUUAGAAAGGAAGAUGAUUUACAUUGUUAAUGAGUGUAAAUUCCAUUAUCAAAGUUAAGGGUACCAUGAAAUUCUUUACAUUUAAGUUAAGUAAGGUGAGAUGUCAGUCUGAAUUUUUAAACUCUUAAAAUUCCUAAUAGCUUUAAAAAGGAAUAGUUGUAUUUUCCUAGGCACAUAGUAAUUUAAAUUGGGCUAAAUUCGUAUCAAGAGGAACUAAAAAUUGAUAUAAUUAGCAUUGUAUCAAAUUGAAAUUGUUUGAGAGCAUUGUUGUUUUCUUACUUCACUAGCUAAAUCUUCUCUCACCUUAGUUAAGCAUUUCCUAAUUGUGUAUUAGGAGAGUUGGAUUAUCGAGAUUUUAUAUUAUCUAUUGAAUAUAUUUUGUGUUAUUUUGGAAGGUAUUAAAUAGGUAUUUUAAUUUUAUAGUUAAUUCAAAUCAUUAAGAAAAAGCUUGCCUUUUUGUAAUUUUUUUAUCCUAUUAUAGACUAUCUAGGAAAUCUGCAAAUUUUAAGUAUUAAACCAUUCAUAAUAAAGAUAUUUUAU